AUGUCUGGCAAGCUCGACCAAGCUCUUGAGGACAUCACUCAGGCCCAGCGCCGUAGCGCUCGCCGUCGCAACAACCCGCGUCGUUCCACCGGACGCCCCGCCGCAGCCGCGCCUGUCGGAGGUAUCCAGAAGAACUCGAAGCCCGCUCGCGGUGCUGGCGCAAAGCCCGUUCCGGCAAAGGCGACCCCCACCAACAGUGACAGCAAGAUUAUCGUCAGCAAUCUGCCUAAGGACGUCUCGGAGCAGCAGAUUAAGCGCCGACUCCAACGGAUGGAGGCUUGUCGAAACGAUAUGCGCAUUCCACCAGCCACGGCCAGCGAUUUCCUUCGGAUGAAACCGUCUCUGAAAUCCCGCGCCGACUUCAGCGAGCAAGCAGAGUAUUUCGUCCAGUCCGUUGGUCCCAUCAAGCGAGUCGAGAUCUCUUACGGCCCCAACUCGCAAAGCCGUGGUAUCGCCAACGUGACCUUCCACAAGUCGGACGGCGCCAGCAAGGCCUUCCAGAAGUUGAACGGCCUCUUGGUUGACAACCGACCUAUCAAGAUCGAGAUCGUUGUCGGAGCCGCCCAGGCCGACAAGGUCAUCCCUGCUGUCAAGACUCUCGCUGAGCGCACCACUCAGCCCAAGGCUCAGCCCAAGUCGGCCGCUGCUGACAAGCACAACGCCGGCGCUGCCAAGGGUGGUGUUGCCAAGGGAGCUGCUGCCAACAAGAAGCGCCGUGGUCGCAACAACCGUCCCGCGAAGAAGACUCGCGAGGAACUCGACUCAGAGAUGAACGACUACUUCGACUCUGCGGCCAACCCUGAGGCCAACAACGCGGCUGCUCCAGCCCCGGCACCAGCUGCCGCUAGCGGUGAUGCUGACAUGGAUGGUAUUGCUUGA